GCAAAAGACAACAGCGUUGAAAAAUAUUUCAUCAACUGAUAAAAUACAGUACUGUAAUCGGCGGCAGAGAUGGCUGCCGCUUGUCUUUUCACGCCCAACCCAAUUCAUAUGCCUUCUUCCAGGAAUGGAUUCGUAAACUUGGCCUCCUCUCCAUCUGCAAAGUGUCGACGUCUGCUUUUUCCAAAUCGACUCCGUUUCAAUCGCAGAAUCUAUUGUAACCAAGACGAUAACAACCGCACCGGGAAUCAACCUCAGUCCUCGUCCUCCUCAAUUCAGCUUUAUGGGGAAAUUGAGAGACUUCUCACUGAGACUGUAAGGCAAUCUCAAGGUGCUUGGGGUGGCUCAAGUGACUGGAGUGAAAUUGAGGGUGCAUGGGUUCUUAAACCAAAAAGUGCAAAACUGAAGUCAGUUGUUCAUUUUGUUGGUGGCAUAUUUGUUGGAGCUGCCCCUCAGCUUACAUACCGUUUGUUUCUUGAACGGCUCUCAGAAAGGGGUAUUUUGGUGAUUGCAACGCCAUAUGCUAGUGGAUUUGAUUAUUUCUUCAUUGCAGAUGAAGUGCAAUUUAAAUUUGACAGAUGUUUACGGUUUUUGCAAGAAACAGUGCAAGAUAUUCCUACUUUUGGCAUUGGCCAUUCUUUGGGAUCGGUCAUUCAUCUUUUAAUUGGGUCAAGAUAUGCUGUGCAAAGAAGUGGGAAUAUACUAAUGGCGUUCAACAACAAGGAAGCAAGCUUAGCUAUCCCUUUGUUCUCACCUGUUCUUGUCCCAAUGGCCCAAAGCAUUGGACCAUUGCUAUCACAGAUUGCAUCAUCGCCAACUAUCCGACGUGGGGCAGAGAUGACAAUGAAGCAAAUAGAGAACCUUAGUCCUCCCAUUAUGAAGCAAGUUCUUCCUUUAGUUGAGCAACUUCCCCCCUUGUACAUGGACUUAGUAAAGGGACGAGAAGAUUUUAUUCCAAAACCAGAAGAAACUCAACGACUUGUAUGUCAAAUCUCUAACUUUCAAACACCUCAAUUAUUAAAUUCUCUCCACACACGCCCCAUCAUUUGUGAUUUACUAGAAGUAUUUCACUUUUGAAGUUAGAUUUUACCUGACCGCCAAAAUUUGACUAUAAACGGGUAGUUACAUAAAUGGUUAAAUCUCCUUUCAAAUGGAAGAGCUUAGUUGCUUGGAUUGCUAGCCUUAACGUUGGCUGAUCAAUACCAAUUAAUAUGGUGUAUCAUGCAGUUGCUUGAACAAGCCUUGCAUUUCUAGUAUUCUACCAUAUUCCUCUCUAUAUGCAACUUAAACUCAGAAAAAAAAAAAAAAAAGAGAAGAAGAAGAAGAAGAAGAAGAAGAAACACUAUGCCUCAAGUUUAAUCAGAGAACAAAUGAAGGGGAGAAAUGCAG